AUGACGUACCAGGACUUUGAUAACUUCUGCGAAGACCGCCUCUUUGCUUGGGAGCAGUACCAGGCUGCCGCUGCGAAGCAUACGGCCUUUGCGAACGCCUCCGUGUCAGUGGCCCAUGCUCUUAUGACCGGCAAGAAUUGGAACCAGACUGCUAUGUUCGUGUCGUACGAUGAGACAGGUGGCUGGGCCGACCAUGUGAUGGCGCCACAUGCGCCCAAAGAUACUCCCGGUGAAUGGAUCCAAGACCCCUUCGACACUUCGCUUGGUCUUCAGCCUACCGGCCCUGGUUUCCGUGUGCCUUUCUACAUCGUCUUGCCCUUCACCCGCAACGGCGGUGUCUUUACAGAACAUGCCGCGCACGAGAGUCAGAUUCUCUUCCUGGAAGAGUGGUCCAAGGCCAUUGGCAAAUCAUUCCAGUCGAAGGAGAUGAACCUCAAGUACCGGAACAAGAUCCAGCCUGAGAUUCCCUAUGGCAAGCAGAAUGAGUCGGACGCUCUCUAUGUCGAACAUGGUUACAAGAAGGUCCGCGGUCAUUUGACAGAAGGCCGCUAUCUUCGCUUUGAGGCGUGGAGUCAUGCACUCUCUGUGAAUUCUUCAUCUCUUUCGUCGACUGGCCAUUCGGACAAGUUUGCGCGGGAUGCACUCUUUGUCCUGCACUGGCCGGGAUCUCAGCCUAAGGACAACCAGUUCUGGAUCUUGAACCAGUCCAAGGACAAGUUCCUCACCUCGGACCUCUCUUUCUCAGGUAGCGACCAUGCCGCUACAUUUGCUCGUGUGGACCAUACCGACGGAAAGGGCCACUCAAUGAACUCCGAAAAAAUCGAUCUCGCUAAGCCAGGAUGGUUCCUGUAG